AGAGAGAGAAAGCGAGAGAGAGAAGCGGUAUGUCUGGAUCUUCAGCCUUGUUCUUCCUCUUGCUUGCUUUUGGGAUAAACCGCCUUCAAAUGAGGUACGGUACUUUGCCCUGAAAAGUUCGCCGUCGAACAAGACUCGCAAAUUCUUUUAUUUUGGAAGUUGCGGCCAACAAAGUGGUGGGGAUUGCCCCCAACCCCCACCCCCCACCACCACCGCGCGCAAUGGCAUCGCAUGUCCAUCUCCCGUUCGCCGGGCGACGGACGACCUUGUGAGUGUGGAUACAACGGCUUCCUUUCGUUUCGUUUCAAAGCCGUUAGCUUUUAUUUUGGAGGGUCAAGUGAGAGGGUUCCGCGUAGGUUUUUGCCCGCUCCAGAGCGCACCUGUCUGACUCAACCAUGCUCUCCUGUGGGAAAUACUGCCUGCUUCUGGUCCUGCUCGCCCAAAGUAACCUGGGCGACCAAGGAGUCUCAAAUCAAGUGAUUCUUUUGGACACCACGGCGGUGCUGGGGGAACUGGACUGGAAAACCUAUCCUAUCAAUGGGUGGGAUGCAAUCACCGAGAUGGAUGAACAGAACAGACCGAUUCACACCUUCCAAGUUUGCCAUGUGAUGGAGCUCAAUCAGAACAACUGGCUCAGAUCGGGAUGGAUACAGCGACAAGCAGCGCAGAGGGUAUACGUGGAGCUUCGUUUCACUCUGAGGGACUGCAACUCCAUUCCUUGGGUGUCUGGCACCUGUAAGGAAACCUUCAACCUCUUCUACCUACAGACAAAUGAACCGUUGCCCUCAGGGACACGUUUCAGGCCCACUGACUAUGCCAAGGUUGACACCAUCGCGGCAGACGAGAGUUUCACUCAGACGGAUCUUGGCGAUCGCGUUCUCCGUCUCAACACAGAAAUCAGGGAGGUGGGGCCGUUGGCGCAGAGGGGUUUCUACUUGGCCUUCCAGGACGUCGGCGCUUGUAUUGCGCUCGUCUCCGUCAAGGUCUUCUACAAACGCUGUCCGUCCACUUUGCGGAAUCUGGCGGUGUUUCCUGACACCGUUCCACAUCGGGAUUCUUCCUCUCUGGUGGAGGUUAAGGGCGCCUGCGUGGAAAACGCGGAAGAGAAAGACACGCCCAAAUUGUACUGCGGUGCCGACGGAGACUGGUUGGUGCCGCUGGGCCACUGCGUGUGCAGCAUCGGCCAUGAGGAAAAAGAUGGCCACUGCCAGACUUGUAAACCCGGUUUCUUCAAGCCCAUUGCUGGGAACAUGAAAUGCUCCCAGUGUCCUCUCCAUAGCUCCAGCCACGACCAAGCCGCCACCAUGUGCCACUGUGAAAAAGGCUUCUACAGGGCCAACAAGGACCCCUCAACCAUGGCUUGUACAAGGCCUCCAUCGGCACCCAGGAACCUGGUGUCGUUAAUCAAUGACACGGCCCUUUUCCUGCAAUGGAUGCCUCCGAGUGACACAGGAGGCCGCAGCGACAUCACUUACAAUGUCCUAUGCCAGCGCUGUGACGGCGACGGUGACAGCGGCGGCGGGAUGCAGUGCGAUCCAUGCGAGCCGGACCUGAGAUUCAUCCCGCGGCCACUGGGUCUGACUGGGAUUUCGGUGGCCAUACUCGAUUAUGCCACACCGGCCAACUACACUUUCAUUGUGGAGGCUGUUAAUGGUGUGUCCGGGCUUGGCAUAGCCGCACGUGCGCUGAUCAACGUCACUGUCAAUACCCACCAAGCUGGUCCUGCUCUGGUGGGUGUCAUCAAGAAGGACUGGUCCUCUGAGAACAGCAUCGCCCUCUCCUGGACAGAAGAGGAACAUCCACCGUUAGACAUCAUCGACUAUGAAGUCAAAUACUAUGAAAAGGAACAAGAGCAGCUGAGCUACUCGUCUACACGAACGAAUAAUCCGAGCGUGGUGGUCACGGGGCUCAGACCCUCGAGUGUCUACGUCUUCCACGUGCGUGCCCGAACAACCGCUGGCUACACCGCAUACAGUUCCAACUUUGAGUUCUCUACUUCAGCCGAAGAUCCCGAUGUCGCCGAUCAGGGUCAAGUGUUGGUUGUUGUCACCGCAUCGGUUGGCGGAUUCUCACUCUUGGUCAUUCUCACCCUCUUCCUCCUCAUUACUGGACGGUGUCAGGGAUACAUCAAAGCCAGGAUGAAGUCACAGGAAAAGAGGAGGACGCGAUUCCGUAGUGGCCACGUUCCAUUCUCCGGGAUCAAGACGUAUGUGGAUCCAGACACGUAUGAGGACCCCACUCAGGCUGUGGAGGAAUUUGCCAAAGAGAUCGACCCCUCAUCCAUAUGCAUCGACCGCGUGAUUGGCACAGGGGAAUUUGGAGAGGUCUGCAGUGGUCGUUUGCGCAUCCCUGGAAGGCUGGACAUCGCCGUGGCCAUCAAAACCCUGAAAGGCGGCUAUAUGGAGCAUCAGAGGCGAGACUUUUUACGCGAAGCGUCCAUUAUGGGACAGUUUGACAGCCCCAACAUCAUCAGACUCGAGGGAGUGGUCACCAAAAGCAGGCCUGUGAUGAUAGUGGUGGAGUACAUGGCAAAUGGAGCGCUGGACUCUUUCCUACGGACACGCGACGGUCAAUUCACGGUGCUCCAGCUGGUCGGAAUGAUGCGUGGCGUGGCAGUGGGGAUGGCCUACCUCUCAGACAUGGGUUACGUUCACAGAGACCUCGCGGCUCGCAACAUUCUGGUCGACGAGAACUUGGUGUGUAAAGUGUCCGAUUUUGGCAUGUCCAGAGUCAUGGAAGAAGAUACCGAGGCGGCGUACACCGCCACGGUGAACUCUUGCUUUUAUCAUCAGGGAGGAAAGAUACCGAUACGCUGGACGGCACCGGAGGCGAUUGCUUAUGGAAAGUUCUCCUCAGUCAGCGAUGUUUGGAGUUUCGGCAUUGUCAUGUGGGAGGUGAUGUCAUAUGGCGAGAGGCCUUACUGGGAGAUGUCCAAUCAAGAUGUCAUUUUAUCAAUGGAGGAGGGAUAUCGAUUACCCGCUCCAAUGGGCUGCCCUGUCACGCUGCACCAGCUGAUGUUGCACUGCUGGCAGAAGGAGCCGAGUCAGCGUCCGCGAUUCAACAACGUGCUUUGUUUCCUGGACAAACUCAUAAUUAACCCCAGCGGGCUCCUUGCGCUGGUGAACGAGUCGCACAAUCCUGUAGUUGCAGCACCAUCUGCUGGAUCUGCUUGGUCACUGCAUCACAUGGCCCCAAUGCAAGUGGACGGCAAUGGUGAAAAGAGAAAAGCGUUAUUAUCAGAUUUCCCCGAUUCUCCCGACGCCAUGCCCGACUACCCUCUCUUCAUCUCUGUCGGAGACUGGCUUGAUUCGAUCAAAAUGAGCCAAUACAAGAACAACUUCAUUGCAGCAGGAUAUACGACGCUGGAUUCCAUUUCAACAAUGAGCGCAGAUGACAUCAGGCGAAUUGGGAUCUGUUUGAUUGGCCACCAGAGGAGGAUCUUAAGCAGCAUACAGUCUCUGCGCCUGCAGUUCCACCAUAUUCAACAGAGCGGCUUUCAAGUGUGAGGCCGUCACACAAAGCCAGAUGUGUGUGUGCAGACAUUUGAUGAGUUGCACCCACCAGACUGCCGGGUUUACAAAGUGUCACACGCUGCUGAUGAGAGCGAUUCUGGAGCUCGACGUCGCUGAGUCCGUUCAACACGCGUCACACAGGCAUCG